AUGUCGGAAAUUAUAUAUCCUUGUGUCUCGCGAUUGACAGCAGAGUAAAAAAGCUAGAUAAGGUUUAAGCUGUAUAUUUUGUCAUAAUAUAAUAUCAAAGCAGAUAUAGUGUAUAUGCAAAUUGAAUAUACCUGUCGUUGUGUUGUUUCGAUAUAUUAUAAUUUGCAACGUUUUCUGAAAAUUAUUAGAAGAAAUAAAUGAGGAACAAUCGCGCAUCAUAUGUUAGAGUGGAGUUUGACCAAACAGAAGAGAUAGUUACUUUACAAGAGGAGUUAAACGGACCAGAAGAGGCAGUCGCUCUACAAGAGGAGUUAGAUGGACCAGAAAGGGCAGUAACCGUACAAGAAGAACGAAACAGUGCUGUAAACAGCAAUGAACAGCUAGUAGAAAAUAACAUUGAGGAAAAUCUGACAAGAACAAACUCAAAUUGCCGACGUACUUGUAAUAUAUUGAAAAGGUGUUUUGUCGUUGUUUUAGUAGCGGCGUUAGUCAUUGUUAUAAUAGUACUUCUGGCAGAGCGAAAUCGGGAACACCCAGAGUGGUCACCUGGACCACAAGCAUCCAGGUCACCUGGACCACAAGCGUCCAGGUUAAGUAGUUACUUAGACGCCGAUGACAGGAUAGAUGAUUCAUAUUUACGUAUAAGUACAGAGAAUAGUUCGUGUGUAGGACCUUCCUGUGUAAUCUGUAAAGCAGACGUUAUGCCUUAUCUCGAACCGGGAGAUUGUGCCAGAUCUCAUGCAAAUGUCAAGAAUGGUAGCUGUUUUCUAUGCGGACAAAAAUGCUUGAAAUUACAGGACUUGCUAAACAAAGUGAAACAAAAAGGGACACAUGUGAUGUGUCGGGGGCAACCACCAGUAGAAUUAAAUUGUUGUGUACUCUCUAUUAUGGGAAACCACUCUAACUAUUGCGGAGAAGGAGGACAAUAUCUCUGCUACCAGGAGGCAGUACACGCCCAUCAUAACCAGUCAGUAAACGAACCUGUAUGUUGGUGUCCGUCUGGAAAUAUGUCAGAACACUGUAAUAAACCGUAUACUGAAGAGGCUCGAUGUAGAUGUUUUAAAUCUUCACGGAAGUUUUGUGGCCAAGAGGAAAUUACACAAUGUGAUAAGGUAAAAACAAGCUGGAAGACGUGUCAUAUGAAUAGAACAGAAUUGGGUGAACAAUACAACUGUCUUUGUGAUAAAUCAACAGAUAAUAGAUCUAGUGACCAUCUCGUGCGGUGUUCACUCUCAGAUUCAAAUCCUAAUAGUACGUAUGCUUUUGACUGAAGGAGAUGAAAUGGAAGGCUUUGAAAACGUAGUGUAUGUAUGAAACAUAGCAGCCUGUGUGUAGAUGUACUUGAUAAAAAAACGCCAAGAUAUGCUACAAAGGGAGUGAACCUAUUUUCUUGGACAAUAACAGCUAAUAAAUGUCAAUAUUUAUGAAGUCCACUAAAGAGUAAAAUAAUAUUCCCUCCAAACAAAUUUUUGAGUCGUUACAAAUAGGAAGAAAGGACCUUAAAACACUGAUAGUCACAGAUGAAAUCGUUCGUGUUUACUUUGGAAUGUGAUUCUGUGAAUUUAUAUGGCCAAUGUUUAAGUAAACUUCACACAUGACUGUUACAAAGAAGGAAUAUCGUUUUUGUAUUAUUCUGCAAGAGAAUGCCAAUUUGGCAACAUGGCAUAUCUAUCCAAAUAAAUGCUAAAAGUAAUGAAAAAGAUUUAUGGGGCGUGGAAAAUAAAUACGAAGACAUGUUCAUAUAGCAAAUAAAUAAAAGAAAAUUUAGAUACAUUGCUACAUGUGGCAACCCAUUUAUUAACAGUAUUGAUAUACUGACAGUCAAACAUUGCGUAUAAUGAGCUUUUGUUUUGAGUUUCAAAUAAUUUAACCUUUUCCCUGCUAAAUUUCUAAAAUGGACUGGCCCAUCGUUAAAUUCGGGCCAUACCACUUAUUAUUCAAAGGGGUGUUCAAUGAAAAUUUACUGACUGAAUUGCGAACAGUGCAGUCCAUGAUCAGCACGGUCGCAAAGGCAAACUCAAUUGCCGCCAGCAGGCUAAAGGUUAAGUCAUCAUUUUGUAUGCUUAUCAUUUUGCUAUUACCAAGGUACGGCGACAUAAUUAUUUUUUAUGAAGAAGUAGAUUGGUUGCUGCCACUGCUGCUUCUAUUAAAGCGUUAUACAAAUGUACCAUGUAUUAUGUAAUGUCGGCAAUAGAAUUGUUUAUCAAAAGUUUGGUAUAACCUGGAUAUGUUUAUGUUGGCAAAUGAGCCGCGCCAUGAGAAAACCAACAUAGUGGCUUUGCGACCAGCAUGGAUCUAGACCAGCCUGCGCAUCCGCGCAGUCUUGUCAGGAUCCAUGAUGUUCGCUUUCAAAGCCUAUUACAAUUAGAGAAACCAUUAGCGAACAGCAUGGAUCCUGACCAGACUGCGCGGAUGCGCAGGCUGGUCUGGAUCCAUGCUGGUCGCAAAGCCACUAUGUUGGUUUUCUCAUGGCGCGACUCAAAUGUUGUUCAGUAGGGAACAGAAGUCGUCACAUAACUCUAUACCAGGCAAACAUAGUGAGUGAUUUCCUACUUAGAUCCAUUUUUGUUGCAUGGCACAUGAAAUUUUCAAAUAGGUUUGAUAAUUGACGAGGUUUUAUGCAAAGCUUGUCGUACCGACGGAAGCAAACGGCGUGAGAUUUGGUUGUAUACAUAUAGUGUGUCCCUUUUAUUUCUUCUACGGGUAUUCUUUAAUCAAAUAAAGAAAGCAUUCUUAUUGCAAGAAUAGUCCUUUUUCAUAAACUCCCAACAGAAAAAUAAGAUAAUGAUAUCAGUCUGAUAUCAAAAGAUUGUUUUUUUGCUUGACCACUAGUGUUUCUUCGGUGUCGUUAAAGUGAAGGUAAGUUUUUUUUAACGCAGGCACUAGAUAUCUUUGUGUAAUACGUUUAUAUUGUCAUUAGCUUUAGCAGGUUUUAGCAGUUUAUACUACGUAAACGGAAAACUAACUGUAUUACUUGUUUUUGAAAAGAAAGCAAAAUUAUCAAAGAUUUCAUUUUUACUUGUUCUUUAGAUAUAGAUGAUAAAAUGUGGCGUAGCUGCAUUAUGCAUGUAAGUAGCAUGUGGAAGUAAUGAGCUGUAAGUGUAUUCGAUAUUGCUUUGUUUACGCUAUUGCACCAUGAACUUGAAAUAAAAUGAUAGCUGAGAUUUCAGACAACAUUUUACAAUUU